AUGUCGAAAGCUAUGCCGACUGCAGCCGGAGAGAGUCCUACCGGUACUACUAGUAUCGAAUAUCCCAAGAGCCUCGAAGAUGAGGAAAAAGAAGAGGAGAAGGAACCCAAGCAGCAAGUUUCAAGGGAAUCUUUUCAUGCAGUUGACCAUACCUGUAACAACAGGAUUCAAGACUUGGAUGAACACUCAGUACUACGCCAUGUUCAACCAUUGCCGUUGUUGCCCAAUGCAAACAUGAGAGGAUUGCCGGGGGCAUAUUCUGUUGCGGGGAUCGGCGCCUCUAUGGAUGAACCUCAACCUUAUAAUAAUACUGAGACAGACAAUAACUCUCCCAGCAGCAAUGAGACUGAGGCAGUAAUUGACAGGGCCAUUGUUGUCGACAACGAGGAAAUCAAUCAGGAUCGAUUGGAACAUGCCGCAGUUGAUGAAGUAAUCGAAGGAAGAGUCAUGCCAAGCAAUAACAGGACCAAAAGUAGGCUACCGCUGUUGUGCCUGGCAUUGAUUUCAAUAGCUGGUUUGGGGAUCUUUCUUGCUCUAUACCUGCCUCUCGCUGCCAACUCAAGUAGUAAAGGUGAUGCAUCCAAGGCAAAAUUUCCAACCGCUCAUAGUGACCACACAUCUCUGGUCAUUUAUCCACCCUUUCAAGAUGGUAUGUCUCGUCCAACUCUCAACGCAUUUGAGAACACAACUACACCUGAAUACAGAGCCAAUGCCUGGAUGUGGAAUGACCCCAACCUAAACAGCUACACCCCCGAAAGACAGCUGCAACGAUACGACUUGGCAUACUUCUACUUUAUAACAAAUGGCCGCAACUGGUUCCAAAAUGAUCACUGGCUCAGCUACGAUGUGAAUGAAUGUGACUGGUUUACUCAGGCUCACAAUGAAACCAUCCUCCACUAUGACCAAUAUCCAGUCUGCAAUGAGAACAACACUCUACUGAUCCUGAACCUAAACUCGAACAAUCUCCAAGGGACACUGCCAGUAGUCAACAGAUUCCUUUCCAGAAUGAAGACAUUUGAUAUUGGAGACAACGAAAUCCAUGGAGUGGUCCCAACUGGCCCUGCAGGAAAUAAUGAAGUAUUGGAGGUCUUUAUUGUAUCCAACAACAACUUUGAAGGUCAAAUUAUCUCGGGGAAUGGCUUCAAACCGUUUGGGGUGCGAGUGAUCAAGACGGAUGGGAACGCUCUGCAUGGUUACCAUGCACCUCUCUACUAUGUUCUAACCAAGUUGGUAAUCCUCAAUAUUGAGGAGAAUCUGUUUUGUGGUGCACAGACAGAGGCCAUUGGCAACUGCAAGCCCCUCCGUGAAUAUGUCGUAUCAGGCAAUUUGUGCAGUGGAACAAUCCCCACAAGACUAGGAGAGCUCGCUGCUUUGAACACUAUUGAUGUUCAUGACAAUGCAGACUUGACUGGCCAAAUACCCUCUGAGUUGGGUGAGCUGUCCAGCUUGACCUUUCUGGAUGUCACUGGCACAAAUGUAUCUGGUCCGGUACCCGAAAAGCUGUGCGAGAGAGCGCACAUUGGCUUGAUGGAGAUUCGGGCCAACUGUAGUUUGGUGGAAUGUUGUUUCUAA